AGGUUACCGGCGUCGGCGCAAUAAUCGAGCGAAUUAUGACUCGAUCUACUGCCUUACAGAAUAGAUGUCAGUGCAGCACACGGACUCUUGGGAGCAUAUAACCGUGCUGAUCCCACUGAGCACACUUAUUCCACGUCACAAGCUCAUUGGACGCGAAGCAUCUCUUCUCUCUAUCACGUUACCCGAUACAGACACGGCUGCAGAUCUAGAGAUGCAGUCACUUCUUUUCGUUCUCGCUGCUGUUGCAGCUCUUGUCACUCCCGGCUUUUCAUGGAGCUUUCCUGGCACUUUCCCUAUAGUGAGGAGGGAAUCGAUCGAACCCGGCAGUCCCUUGUAUGAGUGUCACGCGAAUUGCGUCCAACCGCUUCAUGCAGCUAACCCGAGAAAUGUCACAGGUGGCGUCAUUCUUAUCUCCCAAGACAGCGAUGAUUACUGCUCCAAUUCAACCUACAAGUCCGAGCUCAGUGCUUGCCUGAAGUGUGCUUUGACAUACAACAUCUGGCAGUACUACGGCGACGACGUAAAGUCUGCAGCCGAGGCUUGCGGAGACAGUGCCACUCCUAGUGCCUCUUCCGCUACCGGCGCUGCAGCCACUGCGACAGCUGCCUCCAAUAGUUCGUUGGGGGUGGGGGUGGGGGUGGGGGUGGGGGCUCGUUACAAAGGGGCUGGAGUCCGAGUAAUAUGUACAUUCCCUCGUGAUGACGGUGCGAUUCUCCAUGGCUCAAGUCUUCAGAUGAACUAUGUGCUUCACGAGGCUCUUUAUGGCCGAAAAUAUGUUUUGUCUCCUGAUCAGUGUUACUUGAUUUACAUGAAGAUCCACAGAUGCAAAUAG